AUGUUUAAAAGCUUGGUUUAUAAAACAUUGAGAACAUUUAAAGAUUACCCUAAAUAAAGGGACCAUGUCAUUAAGGGGUUUUCUGUAAAAAAGAAUUUUAGAAUUACUUUUGUUGAUAAUACGACUUCUUUACAAACUUCAGUUGACAAGUUUAAAUUAAAAGAAGAAAGAUAAAUUAAUCUUUUAGGUAAUUGCUUCAGCACAAGCUUGAUGAUAUCUUCCCUCUUGAAGGGAGAAGAAAGAAUCAAAGCUAUUGUUUCUUUUGAUGACUAAGAUAAAAACUCAUAUGAUUUUUAUGCAGAAUCAAUGGCAAAUGGAGAAAUCAGAGGAUUUUCUAUCAAAUAUUAAAGCCCUAAUCAACAAUUUACUCCUUUCUUUAAAGUUGGAAAGGUUUUAUAUGGAUAUUAACAAGAGUCUUUCAGUGUACUUAGUUUAGAUUAUAACGAGUAAUAAGAUUGGGUUAAUUUUUCUGGAAAGUAGGUCUAAGAAUUCUACCAAAUAUCAGAUUAAAUUCUAAAUUUAUGUGAUCUUUACACUAAAUCAAAAGAUUCUAAAGUUGAAAGAUCAUUUGGAUACAUGUUAUAAAAAAUGCCUGAAGCUCAAGAAGCUUAUUUAGAGGCAUUACACGAAGAUAUAAUAAACUCAGAAAUAUUCAAAUAGAUGAAAUAUCAAUAAAUGAAUUUUAGCUAAGUUAAAGAGUUGCUUGAGAAAUAAUUUAAUAUUGAUGAUAUCUAACUUACACGUUAUCCAGUUGACUUUUACUGUAGAUGUUGUAAGGAAAAUUUUAUGCAAUUACUUGUAAAGAUAGGGUCAGAAACUUUAGCUGAUAUGAAAUAAAAGAAUGAUAGAACUUUAAAUUGCAUCUAUUGUAAUACAAACUAUACAAUAGAAGAUUAGGAUUUUGAAUAGCUAAUUAAAGAAUCUACAGAAAUAGAAGCUAAGCAGAAAGCAUAAUAAACAAUUGUAUAAAAUGAACAAAAUACACCACCUAAAUAAUGA